AUGAAUAAUUAUCCCAUUUCGGAUUUUAUCGUUCCUGAUCCCGAUACUCAUCGUCCAUGGCGCCCUUCAGAAAAACUUUUAGAACUUUUAGACGAAUUCGAAAAAAAAAUACUGUAUGAUCACCCAUCUACUCCUUGCGCCUAUUGUUCUAUCCUAAUGAUGAGCACUGCUGCGAAAUGGGUUGAUUACGACCCUGAUGAAACUUACGACCUAACAACAGCAUUCCCCAAACUUCAGCUACCUUUGCGUAUGAACAACCAAGAUUGUAUAAGAUUGCCGUUUGCUUGUCGUGCAAAACAGCUUCAUCGGACUAUCAAAGAAUAA